CUUGAUAAUAUAUCCUCUGGAUCUGAAGCAAAAUCCUUAAAAACAAGAGUUGUCCCUAAUUAUAGACAAAGUAUGUUAAGGGAAACCGUUGGUGAUUGCAAAAUGAAAACCGUUGGCUUAUUAAUAAUACACCUUUGUGUCCUUGAACCCUCUCAUGCCCUUCUAUAAGCAGCCUUGGGUCUUUUCCAAGGUUUUUGUUUUAGCCAUGGCUAAACCUCCGUCCUUUGGCUGCUGCUUCUUCCUCUUAUUCUUCUCCUUCUUAUCUUCUUCCUUUGUCUCAUUUGCCCUAACCGAUACAGAAGCUGCCUUCAUUGUGCAGCGACAACUUUUAACGUUACCAGACAACGGCGAACUUCCUGAUGAUAUCGAAUACGAGGUUGAUCUCAAGGCUACCUUUGCCAACACCAGGCUUAAGAGAGCUUAUAUAGCUCUUCAGGCUUGGAAAAAGGCCAUAUUUUCAGACCCAUUUAACACCACGGGGAACUGGCAUGGCCCACACGUGUGCGGCUACACCGGUGUGGUUUGUGCGCCAGCUCUUGAUGAUUCCGAUGUCACGGUUGUAGCUGGUGUUGACCUCAACGGUGCGGAUAUCGCAGGGCAUUUGCCUGCUGAGCUUGGUUUGAUGACAGAUGUUGCAAUGUUCCAUUUGAAUUCAAACCGGUUUUGUGGGAUCAUACCUAAAAGCUUUGAGAAGCUAAAGCUAAUGCACGAAUUCGAUGUUAGUAACAACCGUUUCGUUGGACCUUUCCCUAACGUCGUUCUCUCUUGGCCUGAUGUCAAAUACUUCGACCUUAGGUUCAACGAUUUCGAAGGUCAAGUCCCUCCUGAGCUUUUCAAGAAAGAACUUGACGCCAUUUUCUUGAACGACAAUAGAUUCACCUCGGUGAUUCCUGAAUCUCUAGGGGAAUCUCCGGCCUCGGUUGUGACUUUUGCUAACAAUAAAUUCACCGGAUGUAUCCCUAAGAGUAUCGGAAACAUGAAGAAUCUCAACGAGAUUGUCUUUAUGGACAAUGAUUUAGGAGGUUGUUUCCCAUCUGAAAUCGGAAAGUUAUCGAAUGUAACGGUUUUCGAUGCAAGCAAGAACUCGUUCAUAGGUCGUCUCCCGACUAGCUUUGUCGGGUUAACGAGCGUGGAGGAAAUUGAUAUCUCCGGGAACAAACUCACCGGACUUGUACCGCAUAACAUUUGCCAGUUGCCUAAUUUGGUGAACUUGACUUAUUCUUACAAUUACUUCAGUGGACAAGGAGGUUCUUGUGUUCCAGGUGGUAGUCGCAAGGAGAUUGCGUUGGAUGACACACGCAAUUGCUUGGCUUCUCGACCUGAGCAACGAUCCGCCCAAGAAUGUGCGGUUGUGAUCAACCGCCCGGUUGAUUGUAGCAAGGACAAGUGCGCUGGUGGCUCUUCUACUCCAUCGAAACCAUCACCGGUUCACAAACCAACGCCAGUUCCAACUACGCCGGUUCACAAACCAACACCAGUUCCAACUACGCCGGUUCAAAAACCAUCGCCAGUUCCAACUACACCGGUUCAAAAACCAUCGCCAGUUCCAACAACCCCUGUUCACGAACCAUCGCCAGUUUUAGCUACGCCGGUUGACAAACCAUCGCCAGUUCCAUCUCGGCCGGUUCAAAAACCACAACCACCAAAAGAGUCACCUCAACCAGAUGAUCCUUACGAUCAAUCUCCAGUGACGAAAAGGCGCAGCCCUCCUCCGGCUCCGGUCAACUCUCCACCACCACCAGUUUACUCCCCACCACCUCCUCCUCCACCCGUUCACUCUCCCCCGCCGCCAGUCCACUCUCCUCCACCACCACCGGUGUAUUCGCCUCCGCCCCCACCCCCACCUGUCCACUCUCCUCCACCGCCUGUCUUUUCACCACCACCUCCAGUCUAUUCCCCGCCUCCCCCAGUCCACUCACCGCCUCCCCCAGUCCAUUCGCCGCCGCCGCCAGCACCUGUUCACUCACCGCCUCCACCGGUUCAUUCCCCCCCGCCACCACCACCUGUUUAUUCACCGCCACCACCGGUCUUUUCUCCACCGCCGUCGCAAUCUCCACCAGUAGUCUACUCUCCUCCGCCAAGACCGCCCAAGAUCAACUCCCCACCAGUCCAAUCACCACCGCCAGCACCGGUGGAAAAGAAAGAGACCCCUCCGGCUCAUGCACCAGCUCCAAGUGACGAUGAAUUCAUCAUACCACCGUUCAUCGGCCACCAAUACGCAUCACCACCACCGCCAAUGUUCGCAGGCUACUAAUGAUCUCAAUCGAAGAGAGAAGAAUUCUAUAUAUGAGUAGCAACUGCAUCGUCUUGGACUAAUUGUAGUAAAACUAUGAAAAAGAACAAAAUUCGAGGAAGAAGAUGAGAAAAGAACAAAUUUGCUAUAUCCAAAAAACAAAGAAGAAGAAAAUUUGAAGGGUAAUGAAUUGUUACAUGAGGUCGUAUAAAUUUGUACAUUACAAACUUCUUAUUAUGGUCGAUCAAGAUUUAUACUCUCUUCUUCUUUUUUUUUUUCACAAUUAUACUCUCUUCUUCUAAAACCUCUAAUUGAUAUUGAAACCUUGCAAUUCCUAAAAAAGACCUUAGAAAUUAUCUAGCCCAUUAUCUAAUUAUGAACUUGUUAUUAUUGGGCCUAAUAAUGGGCUUGUGUAAACUUUUGUGACUCAUGCAAUUCAAUAGUAAGCCCAUUUAAAAUAGAAUAAAAUUGUUAUCCCUUAUUAUUGAAAAGGGCAUGGAUCCGACAAAAAAAAAAGAGCAUGGAUAGAGCUAUUUUGUCUUUUAUGUCAAAACUGAAUCAGCCUCAUUUCUCAUCCAUGUUCACCGUCAUUAAUAUUGCAUUGCCGUCUUCUUUUGGAAUUGCAGAUAUGACUUCGCGUCUAUAACUAAAUUAUUUUUAAGCAGAACUAAAUUCAAUUAAGACUAUAUAUAUAUUACUAUAACAUAUAAUAAUAGCUAUGACAUUACAUUUUGACCUGCUUAGCCUAGGUAUUUCAUUCGCAACACUUUUAAUACUCCAUAUUAAUAAUGUUUCUUCCUGUGUUAAUUUCAACAAUUAUUCUCGGGAAACAUGAACAAAAAAUAUUGUAAUUGAUAACGACAUAAAUGUUUUGU